AUGCCACCAUUUUUUCCUGUUUCCUCUGUAACUGGUCAAGGAAUUGAUCAUUUAAUUAAAUUUUUAAGUCGUUUAAGUUGUUUAAAUCAAUCAAUCGACGGGGGAUUAUCAUUAAAACAAGAAAAAAUACAGCCUACAUCAAAUCAACCCUUGAACAACACCACUGAACAUGUUAAACAAGUGCAAUCUUUAAAUCCGACAGAUAUUUUUCUUGCCUCAAAUGAAAAUCAAAUUCAGCUAAUGUUAAAUAAAAUCAGUGAAGAAAUAAAAAUUAUUAAAACAUAUCGAGAUUUCAAUGGUACGCUGUUUUGGAUAAAUCAAGUGUAUACACAAAUCCCGGGAGUGUGUAAUCCCGUUCUAGUUGGACGUGUACAACUUGGUCAGUUGUUGAAUAAUCAAAUACUGUGGCUUGGUCCUGAUCAUUUUGGUGAUUUUUAUCCAGUUCAAAUAGUCAGUCUAAUGCAUAAUCGUCAAGUUCAUGAAAUUGUCUAUGCUGGUCAGUUGGCUUCAAUGGAGGUACAUUUCUUACCGAAGUCGUGGAACACUCUAAGCUAUACGCAACGUAUUCAUAUAUUACAAAAUAUCUCUUCAUCUUAUAAUAAUAAUAAUAAUAAUAACACAAAUAGUAUUAUGAAUCAACAAAAUAAACGAUCACAAUAUUUAUUAUUUGGGAAUGAUAAUGAUAACACUGGGAAUGAAGAGAAUAUCCCCUACAAUGAAGAACCGAAUGAUGAUAGUAAUACCGAUAAGAUGUGGCAUUCAUCUGUCAAACUACGUCGUGGCAUGGUUCUACUCACUUAUCCAAUGUUAAUCAAUAAACAUCUCUCGAAAUCAUCAUCAUCAUUACUAUUGUUAUCCCCUACAAAUCCAAAUUCCCCGUCUACAUCUUCAAAUCCUUCUCCUCUAUCCUCAUCGUCCUCCGCCUCCUCCUCCUCGACGUCAUCACCGUUUUCGCCUUCGCCAUCUUCGUAUGAUGCAUUCAUUUGGAAUCAACCGUUAGCAUCAAAAGAUUCUAUCAAUUUUUCAGUUGUCUGGACUGUGAAGCUACGCUUAACCUGUCGUCUACCGAUUGUUUCCUUUAAAUUGGGUACACCACCGAUUAUUUUAACACCGAUACCAUCGAUUGGUCAACGUGUUACUAUCUAUGCUGGUUGUAUAUGUCAAACUGGUGUUGUUAUUGACGGGAGGAUUGAAGAGUAUCAACGAAGUCAAUAUGAUCAGUGUGGAAAUAAUAAUAACAAUUUGAACAAUAAGAAUCACUUAGAGGAUACAAGUCAUCUUUAUGUACGCUUUACACGACAACCUGAAUGCGUUGAAAUCGGUCGUCAAUUUAUACUCACCUGGAAUGGUAACCUGAAAACAGUUGGUUAUGUUAUUGAUCUAAUCGAUCCAUUGAAGUGUAACUCAUCGAUUUCUCCUUUGCUGAACAAUGAGACCAGUAGUAAUAAUAAUAACGAUAAUAACAAAGAUGAUGCCACCCAAUUAAUAAAUGACAGUGGUAAUGAUUUCAUAUGGAGAAGACAAAAUACUCUGUCAUUUCAUGAAAAAGAUGAUUAUGACUGUAGUUGUCAAAAUCAUUGUCUUUAUCAAUGGAAGAAUUUCACGACAACACCAACAGCAAUUAUACAUCAACAAAUGAAAAAUUCGAUUCACUGCAUUAUACUACUUCAAUUCAUUUAA